AUGCAACCACCUGGUCAUGAGAAUAUUAGUGAAGUAUCCCUGCGGUCAGGGAAGGUCUACCAAGGCCCCAGCCAUCCUGCGAUAUCUCCACCAACUUAUUCUGGACCAAGCCGUGAGGAAGAGGAAGAAUCCAGUAGAGGUGGUCAAGUGGAAGAAAGAGGCAAGGAAAAGGUGGGAGGAGAGGCCUCAGAAGGAGGUCAAAAGAAAGAAACUGAAAGGGUUAAGCCUUAUCCGUACCGUGGAAUGGUGACAAGAAAAAAAGAUGCCACAAUCGAUGUGGCAAGCAUGUUCAAGGACGUGGAUGUAAAAGUACCGCUCUUAACGGCGUUAAAAAUGCCCCCGAUCAGUAAGUUCAUUAAAGACUACCUGGCAGGAAAGGUCAAUGAGGAAGUGAGACUGAUUACAGAUGAGAACGUCUCUGCCGUAAUCCAGAGAAGUGACCUCCCAUCCAGGAAAACUGAUCCAGGAAUGUUCACACUCCCAAUUUCAAUCGGAGACAUUCAGGUAGAGCACGCCAUGUGCGACUUGGGGGCAUCUAUUAACGUUCUGCCAUACUCCAUCUAUCGGAAGCUGGGAGAGACCAAGAUAGUCGACACGGAUAUAAUGAUACAGUUGGCCGACAGAUCAUGUAUUCACCCCGAAGGAAUUCUGGAAUAUGUUAUUGUAAAGGGAGAGAAGUAUACAUUCAAUAUCGAUGAGGCCAUAAAAAGGCCAGCUGACGGAGAGAACGUGUAUUCCGUGGAUGUAACUGAGCCAUUGGUACAAGAGUUUUUGGAAGAAGAAUUUUUAAAUAGGCAGUUCACAGACUCCGCUGUAGAUGAAGAGGUCGAAAAGGAAGUAGAAGAGUGGUUUGAGACAAAUAAGGUUGGAGAAAUGAACAACCAAGCCGUCGCAGAAGCAACAACAGAAUUUUGCGAACGUCCAAGGCCAACUGGGUCGGGUAAGACAGCUCAAGUAUCCAGCCUAGCAAAGCAGCUUGAUCAAGGAAAGCCACUGGGUGAUGAAGCUGCAGAAAACCCUCUGCCUACCGAAGAGCAAAAACCCGCGAAGGAAGACAAGUUACUAGAAGUAUUACGAAGGAAUCAGAAGGCUAUCGGCUGGAAGCUGACAGACUUGGUGGGAUUUAGCUCGGAUUUGUGUAUGCAUCACAUCCGGCUGGAGGAAGGAGCCAUGCCACACCACGACCAACAACGGAAACUCAACCCCAACAUGAGGGAAGAGGUGCUGAAAGAAAUUAUCAAGCUGGUUUCAAUUGGAAUUAUCUAUUCUAUUCCCGACAACUAUAGGAAGCUGAACCAAGCCACAAAGAAAGAUCACUUCCCUCUGCCGUUCAUUGAUCAAAUGCUGGAGAAGUUGGCAGGAAAACAGUACUUCAGUUUCCUGGAUGGUUAUAGUGGCUAUUUCCAGAUCGCUAAGGAGAUUCGAGCCUUUUUAGGGCACGCUGGGUUCUACAGGAGAUUCAUCAAAGAUUUUGCAAAGAUAGCCCAGCCUCUAACAAGACUUCUCCAGAACGAUGUAGAAUUUGAAUUCUCAGAUGCCUGCAGGGUCGCAUUCCAGUUUCUGAAGGACCAAUUAAUAAGCUCUCCAAUAAUACGCGCUUCCGACUGGAAUCACCCCUUUGAGGUGAUGUGCGAUGCUAGUGACUAUGUUGUGGGGGCGGUAUUAGGUCAAAAAAUCGAACGGAAAAGUUAUGUCAUUUUUUACGCCUCCAAAACUCUAAAUCAGGCACAAAAGAACUAUGAUGUGACCGAAAAGGAGAUGCUAUCAGUAGUCUUCGCAUUUGAGAAAUUCAUGCCUUACCUGCUUGGGUCUAAGGUGGUUGUCUAUACAGAUCAUGCGGCCAUCAAAUACCUCUUGGCAAAGAAAAAGAGUCAAAGCCGCGGUUGA